GAGAGAGAACUUUUAGCCAGCGAGGUUCCUGUUCCGUUGCUGGUUGCAGCGUCACGUCUAGUGCGAUGCAGACGGGCGUCCAGUUCUGUUAAACGCUAUUGGAGCAUAAACUGAGCAUUGACGGUGACCAGCCUGACGGACCCUCGCCGGCUAUAAAGUCUCUCUAACGACAACUUCUUGCGUUGACUUUUUUCCAGAUCACUCUGCUAGGAGCAAUGGCGGUUAAUAUUAGCGGCAUCAUCUCCGUCAUCGUCUUCUACCUGCUCAUCCUAGCUGUAGGUCUCUGGGCAGGUCGCAAGACGAAGAAGGCUACCACCGGAGGCACAUCAGAAUCCGAUGCGCAGUUGCUAGCAGGUCGAAACAUUGGACUGUUUGUUGGCUCGUUCACAAUGACAGAAUUGAAUCAGGUCUUCCCCGCACAGGCGCAGGAUACCGACGGCAUAGGCGAGAAUCAGCGCCACGUAGGGGGUCUACAGGCAAGUAUAACGCUGAAGUAUCGGCUAAAGAGGUCAGAAACGAUAAAGAGACAAGGAUUUGCUUACAUCGCGUUUCGUUAUGGCAACACAGGCGGGCUCUUCUUUGCCAAAAAGAUGCACAGCGCUGGGUACGUGACCAUGCUGGAUCCACUCUGCAUCAAGUAUGGUAGAAUCAUGGCUGGUCUGCUCUUCAUACCGGCUCUACUCGGGGAACUUUUCUGGUCGGCAGCCAUACUCAAGGCACUCGGUGCAACACUCGCCGUUAUACUGAGCCUGGAUCAGCGCGUUUCCGUCAUCAUAUCGGCCUGCAUCGCCAUAUUCUACACGUUCUUCGGCGGACUGUACUCUGUCGCCUACACAGACGUUGUCCAGCUAAUCUGCAUGUUCAUCGGGCUGGUGUGUGGCACUCUCUGGCGGCACUCGGCAAGCAUCGCCGUGACUGCGGCAAACCCCGCUACCUCCUGGUACGGAACGCUGGAGUGGAAAUGGGCGGGCGUAUGGGUGGACUACGCACUUCAUCUCAUAUUCGGUGGCAUUCCAUGGCAGGCCUCGCAGCCGUGUACUUCCAACGCGCUGCGGGGCUCUAGGACUGCCAACACGGGCGAUGCUGCUGUCAUCAUUGACUGGAACGCAACGUCCUAUCCGGGAGAAAUACCGAUUCCGGACGCCGACAAAAGCCUCAUCUUGCCCAUCGUCAUGCAAUACCUCACCCCCGCGUGGGUGUCAUUCUUCGGCCUGGGAGCCGUGUCUGCCGCCGUCAUGUCUUCAGCAGACUCAUCCUGUCUCAGCGUCGCGUCGCUCUUCGCCAACAACAUCGUCAGCGUCAUCUGGGUUGCCAUAACGAAACGCGAUCUUCCCGCGGUCGGCUUGGUGUGGACGGUGCGUGGAGGCAUAGUCGCUGCCGGUGUGUUAGCCAUGGCAAUCGGACUGAGCGUCGAUUCUAUUUACGGCCUGUUUCACCUCUGCUCCGACCUCGUUUACGUCAUGUUGUUCCCGCAGCUUGUGGCGGCGCUCUACAUUCCGUUUAGCAAUACCUACGGCUCGAUUCUCGGCUAUGCCGUCGGGCUAUUCCUGCGCCUUGGUGGCGGGGAAGACCUGAUCAAUCUGAAACCCAUUAUUUUUUACCCGCAUUACAACACUGAAGACGGGCAACUGUUUCCCUUCCACACUCUCUCGAUGGGCGCUGGUAUGAUAGCGCUGGUGUUGGGCUCACUGCUGGCUCAUGUGAUUUUCACGCGCGGCAUCUUACCGGCUGACUACGACGUACUGGGAUGCUACCAGAAAGCUGACACGCUUGCAUAUUACAAAGAGGAGAAAUUACAGAUGGGUUACGUUUCCAACGGGUUGUUAACGACAGAUGAUCGGCCUGUCGGAGAUGCAGGGGACACGAAAGAGUAGAAUAUAACAACGGUAAAUGUGACUUCAAGCCAUGUGACUUCAAGCCAUUCAAGCCAAGAAAGGGGGUAGAGCCGCUCUAAUAGAUUUUUGAUAGAAAAUGUGCGUCAUAAAUUUAAAUGACCCUAUAAUAAAUGUGCAUUAUAAAAUCACCCCUUUAGCCUAAUCUCAACGCGUGGUUGGUUUCUUGAAACCGUAAAAAGUACACGUCAUGGAAAUCAUCGCAGGCUACUACCCUAUAUGAUUACAGCGAAAGGACAUUGCGUAGUUGAUUUCACUCAGAUGUAUGUAGAGCAACGUAGGUUUAAGUCGAUAGUCGAUAACGGGAAAAAUCGUUUCCAAUUAUACAUCUAAUACAGUAAUUAACAGGAAUAACCUUCACAGGGAGCCUCCAGAUAGUACUUGGUAUCACGUUUAUAUAUAUAUAUAUAUAUAUAUAGAU